CGAAAGCGCGCGUGUAAUGCGCUGCCGCUGAGAUGGCCGGCGCUCGGGCGCUCGUGGCCGCCUGCUGCUGCUGGUGGUGGCUGGCGAAAGCCGCCGCCACCGAGCUAGAUCUGCUGGGCGCGCUGUCGCUGCACAACACGUCGCAUCCCGGCGUCAGCACCGCGCAGGGCCUGCAGCCGCAGCGUACCGCCUACACCCUGGAAGGUGAUUCGCGGUCGUUGCCGGUAGAGGGAGCGGCGUUCGAGCGAGCCGCGGAGCUGCUCCGCCGCUCGCCGGAGUUCACGAUCCUCGCUACACUACGACAGGAGCCCGCCACGCUGCUGGUCGACUGCCACCCUCUGUACCGCCGCCUCAUCCCACCGCCCGACCGCAACUUCUCCCAGCCACAACUCGCGCUUUGGGUGGGACAGAGAAAUAGCAAGCAUUCCCUUUUCAAGGGUACUCUUCAAGAAGUGAGAUUAGUGAGUGGACCUCACGGAUACUUGGUUCAAUGUCCGGGACUGGAUUCAGAAUGCCCCACGUGUGGACAAUUCGCCUUACUGCAAGCAACUGUGCAAGAGCUUACGUCGCACAUCCAUGACCUUUCACUUAAGUUGGUUGGUGCCGAGGCCAGACUGGCACGGUUAGAGCAAUGCGAUUGUCAGAAGUCUUGUUACUCCAACGGUACGGUCCACGCCGAUGGCGCCACGUGGCAAAGAGACUGUAAUCGUUGCUCCUGCGUGCACGGCGAAAUAACGUGCAGGCCUGUAGAGUGUGAUAGAGUAGAAUGUAAGAAUCCAGUCCUGCAUCCAGGAGAAUGUUGUCCUACGUGUUUAAGACGGUGCCUGCUACAAGGCGAGCUGUACGAGCACGGCGACCGGUACGCGCCGAAGGAGUGCGCGGAGUGCGUGUGCCACGACGGCAACAUGCAGUGCACGCGCACCGACCCCGACACCGCCUGCCCGCCGCUGCCCUGCGACCCCGCCGACCAGUUCACCGUGCCCGGCGAGUGCUGCAAGUUCUGCCCGGGUGUGGACUACUGCAGUAUGGGUCACUCUUGUGACGAGAACGCAACGUGUAUGAAUCUCAAUACAAAGUAUACUUGCAAAUGUAAUCAGGGAUUUCGUGGAGAUGGACUUACUUGUGAAGAUGUGGACGAGUGCCAGGAGGCGGGCGGCCGCUUCGGCCACCACUGCCACUCGUUCACGCGCUGCGUCAACGUGGUCGGCGGCUACGUAUGCCAGUGCCUGCCCGGCUACACCAGGCGGGACAAGUUCAACUGUGUUGAGGUCGACGAGUGCCUGGGCUCGGCGCACGGCUGCCACGCGCACGCCGAGUGCACCAACACGCCCGGCUCCUACACC